AUGUCGACGACCCACUCUCAGACAAGAACCUCUACUACUACUACAUCUUCUGAUGAUGAAGACCAUAAUACGGAACCGUUUGUGGAACCACCCGUGAUUGCUAAAGCUGUAUCAGAAAAUACAGCUGAAUCUGAAACGACAUCAUUGCCAUACAAAUCUGAAACGACAAUCACCCUAACACCCUCUGUUAUAAAAGGAACUCUGUUUUGUGCCGAUUACAGUCCUAAAAGAGGUACUGCCAAGUGUAAGAGAUUAAGGAACCAGCCGUUGACAUCAAGGGGUGGGAAAAACUCCUUGAAGAGGAUUGCUAUGCGAUCUGCAUCCAAAUCUGAAGAGGAUAAGAAUAAUAUUCUUGCUAUGGUGCGAUCUGCAUCCAAAUCCAACCAUCAACAACCUAGGCUCUCAAAAAAUGUUCAGUGCUACAACAGAUUAUUUUCCACCUUUUGUGACCUCUGCAAUUCCAUAGCCAAAGAACCAAGCUAUAGAGAAAAGACAAGAAUUGUAUCCGAUCUAUUGUUAACUCUGUCUAUCGAAGAUCUCGGAUUGUGGAUCCGUCUUCUUCUCCCGUGCGAGUUAAGGCGGAUUUACAACAUUAAGUCUAAACAGCUGGUCAAGCUCUUUGGACAGUUGUUUGGAGAAUCCGUUGAAGAGAUGACAAGAGAUCUUGACAUGAGCGGCGACGUGGCUGAUACCAUUACAAGAUUCUAUUGCAAACGAUAUUCAGCGAAUCAUUCGCCAAAGAUCACCCUCCGAGAGGUCGACCAGAUACUCGCUAAUCUGGAAGGCAAGACUAAAGAGACGGAACAGCUAGCCAUUCUGCAUUCUGUUGUCUACAAAAAUUUGCCUCCAAAAGAAUUCAUGAUGAUUGUCCGUCUCAUCGAGUGUAACUUGCGAAUUAACGCAGGUCCCAAGCACAUCCUUGAUGGUGUACACAAGGACGCUUAUGCAAUAUUUCAAACUACUAGAGAUAUUGACAUGGUACUGAGUAAGGUAAUGAAGAAUCCGUCUAGUUCUUUCGGCUCUUCUGUGUCUGCUUCUGUGUUGUCCUCAUUCCAGUAA